AUGGCCGACUACGAAAGGGAAGCACUACUCAUCGAACUCGCCGACAUCGAAAAGAGGCUCAAAAAUAAGGAAAGUAUGCAGAUUAUAAAGGAACUCAAGAUUAUCUAUGCCCUCCGCGCAUCCCUCGUAAAGGGCAACCUCUAUUUCGAGUGCAAGUUCACGGACAGAAACCCAGAAGUGCAAAUUAUAAAAAGAUACCUUCGAGAAUGCGAAGCCAAGAUGAAGCACCUCGAGAAGAUCAGAAAUAGCUGGCAGAGCAUCGCGGACUUGUACAAUAUGAAGAGCGCAGAGCUUUGCUACGAUUAUAAGCGCGGAAAGAUUGAGGACAAGGAUACGGUUACUGAUGCGGAGGAUGAUUUAGAACGGAUGUGGACCAUGUAUGACAAGUUUGCUGGCGAGUAUAAAACCGCCAGGGAAGAACAUGAUGAGCUUAGGGAUAAGCUCAAAACUAUUUACGACGAAUACAGGGAUGCCUACACGGAAGCUAAGGGUAAUUUCUUAGAAGUUUAG